GCUGAUGUUUACCACAACAUUAAAUACUUUGAAGAAAUGUUAGAUAAUCUCCCUUUAGAAGUCCUUCAAAUCAUAAUAGAACAAAAAUCCUUGGAUAUUCGGGAUUUAAUUAACCUCUCCUCAACCUGUUCUUAUUUAAGAAGAAUCAUUUUAAGCAACAACAUCCUUUGGAAAAAUCGGUACUUAGAGAAGUGGUCAAAAAUAGAUAAAUCAGAAGAGAUUGGGAAUUACUAUGAGGAAAUUUGCCACCUUUAUGUGAUACGCCAAAAAGUAGAUGAAACAUUAACAAGUUUCGCAACAAAUUUCAUGAAUAAAGAACAUUUAUCAGACGCAGAUUUCAAACCAUUUCUCGAAUUAAUUAAUUCCCGAAACACGAAUAGAUACUACAUAGAAGAUUAUUUAUGGAUUAUCCUAAAUGAUCACUCCAAAAUCAACACUUAUGAUGUGGUUCCUUUAAAAACUCGGGGAAACCUGACCUUUAAAUAUUACAGCUUAAUAAGUUUACGUUAUUUAAGACAUAUUUAUUUGGAAAAAGCUUGGAAAGCUUUUAACUUAUUAAAAGAAGAGGAUCAAUUGUUAGAAAUAGGCGCAACCAUGUUAACGCAAUGGUGUAGACCCGAAUGUGAUAUUAAAAUUAAAAAGAUACGAAAUCAAUUCGAUAAAAUAGCCGAGGAGGUUAAAGAAUAUUUAAAAAUUAAUUCCCCGAAUCAUCCUUUAAUUCAAACGAAUCAGGAGGAUUUAAAUUUAUGGCGGGAUAAAAUCAUUUAUAAGAAUCAAUUUUCCUCGGCGGAUUGCAAGGUUAUUUUGGAUGUUAUGCAAAAAGUUAUUUGCCAAAGGAUGGAUUUUUGUGGGAAUCAAGACGAUUAUUUCAACAUUAAUAAUUCGUUUAUAACCGAGGUGCUUGAAUCAAAACGAGGGCUUCCAAUUACUUUAUCAAUACUUUAUGAAGGUGUUGCAAGGAGGUUGGGGGUUAAUUUAGAACCGGUUAAUACCCCCUCACACUUUUUAUUGAGAUUUAUUCAACAUGACACUUUAAAUGGGGAGAUGUAUUACGUUGACGUUUAUAAUCGGGGUUUGAUGAGUUUUGCUGGAAAUUCUAAUUAUGAUGUAAACCCAAUAACGAGGGCUUCAACUAAAAUUGUGAUUGAACGCAUGGUGAAUAACCUCCAAGUCGCUUUAAGAGAGCGAUUACAACCACCAGAUAAUGGAGUCCAAUUAAUGCGUUCAAUUUUGGAGUUAAACCACAUCCUACAUCCUUACGAUUUAGGAGUAACCCUCUCUUUAACGCAUUACUACAUGAAAUUCGGGAUUGAUACAACCCCAUUAAAAGAAAUUUUGCAAACUAGGAAUUACCUCAAUCGAGAUUUAGCCAACGACAUUUUAGAUUUAUUAUCAAUCAAUGAAUACGCCUCAAAAAAUCGAAAUUCUUUACCCCACUUUUUAAAUGAGUGUAAUGGACGAAAUCGAAUACAAAGUUAUCGACACCCUGAUGUCAAAUUCGCUAUUGGGAUGGUUAUGAGACACAAAUUGUUUAAUUAUACUUGCGUUAUUUAUGGUUGGGAUCAUAUUUGUGCUGAAAGUGAUGCGUGGAAGCGGGAGAUGAAUGUGGAUCAGUUGCAAUUUGGGGCGAGACAGCCGUUUUAUCAGGUUUUGGUGGAGGAUGGGACUAAACGAUACGCGGCGCAGGAGAAUUUGAUUUUUAGCGGGGUUAAAAAUGGGUUGGAUAAGAAUCCGGAGGUCGGGAGGUUUUUUACACAUUUCUUUAGAGACCAAUAUGUGCCAAAUUGCGUGAAGAAUGAGGAAUAUCCGAAUGAUGUUGAAGUGAGGAUGAAAUUUCAUUUAGAAGUUUCGUAAAUGACGACUAAAAAAUGUUAAUGUUAAUAAUUGGUGAAAAGUUGGAACGUUUUUCUAAGAUCAAAUAAAAAUAUAUUCUAUAAA